AAAGCAGAAAACCCCUCCCACACUCUCCUUCUUCUUUCCCUUCCCCUUUCCUUUGCUGUGAAAUCCCUCAUUUCCUUUGUGAAUCAUUCGAAAGCCUGUUGGAUGGACAAAUCAGUUGAGCUACCACCCACCUGAGGUUUCGCCGGGGAAUCCGCUUUCCCGACUCAUCUAUGUGUCGGAAUCUUGGGGUUUCUUCUGUGUUGGGUGCUGUCUGAUACUUCAAUUUGAAGGGAAGGAGUGAGGGUUUCCGUGUUCUCCUCUGGGAACCGGGAUUCCGUCGCCGGUCGGGUUUUUGGUGGUUGGGGACUUGCAUGGGAGUGUAGUCCGAGCCGGCGGCGUCGAGAGUAACGUCGAUCCGUGCCUGAAACCAUGUCUGCGAUAGUCUGUGGAAAGAGGUCCCUUUUCGAAGAGCUCCAUUCGCCUCCUCCCGUCUCGAAGCGACUUCGCUGCGCCGGCGGCAGCUCGCCGAUCAGGCCGUCGCCGUCUCGGGUGGUCUGUACCGCCGUCGACUCGCCGCUCUUGCAGCUCCGGGAGCUCUUCCCAGACAUGGACGCGCAGCUUCUUGAGAGAACACUUGAAGCAUGCGGCAAUGAUUUGGAUUCAACAAUCAAGAGCUUGAAUGAACUCUGUUUACGAGAGUGCAAUGCAGCUUCUGCUGGGAUGAAGCCUGAUGUGAAGGCAGGAGUAUUUCCUCAGGAAUCUGUAGAAGUUGCCAAUGAUGAUGCGACUGCACAUGGUCCAUCUCCUACUGAUCUUCCAGCUGAUGGUUUGGAGUGGGUGGAGUUGCUUGUGAGAGAAAUGAUGAAUGCGUGUGAUAUGAAUGAUGCUAGGCUGCGUGCAUCAAGGAUCCUUGAGGUGCUUGAGAAAUCAAUUAUGUCUCGAGCUGGGGAAGUUGUGGCUGAAAAUCUUCGGAAGGAGAACAUGCUACUCAAGGAACACUUUGAGGCUCUUCUUCGUGACAAUCAAAUCCUCAAACGAGCUGUGACAAUCCAGCAUGAGCGGCAAAAAGAAUAUGAUGAGAGGGGUCAGGAGCUGCAGCAUCUAAAACAACUCGUCUCACAAUAUCAAGAGCAAGUGCGGACACUUGAGGUAAAUAAUUAUGCCUUGACAAUGCAUCUGCAACAGGCACAGCAGAGUAGCUCUAUUCCUGGGCAUUUUCACCCAGAUGUGUUCUAGUUUGCCAGAUGGUGUGAAGUCGUAUGGAACAGAAGUGGGUGUGUUUUCAAUUUGAUUGCAUUUGUCCCUAUGCUAUUGCCAUACAAAAAUAUAUAGCUAUUGAGGGCCCAGUUGUAACGUCUUGGAUGAUGAUUAUGAAGCUAUAAAGCAUUCAUUCAUCAUCUUUCACUCUCUUUCUCUCUCU